AUGGUCUUAGGUAGAUUGAUACAUUACGCCGUAGAUGCUUUGGCGGUAUCAACCAUAUUGGCUGGAGUGAAGAAGACGACUGGUUAUGCCCCUGCAACCGACCAGAUCCCCGACUCAUCCAUCAAAUCCAUCACCGACUCGUACCUCUCAGCAGGUGAGACAGUGUUCGGCAUAAUCGCAGGUCAAAGUGUCACCAGCCAAUAUUUCAAGAAGACAUAG